UUCUUUUACUAGUGGUUGUUCCUCUUUCUCUCUCUCUUUGUGGCUCAAUCUUUUUCUCUCUCGCGUUUCAGAUUCGACAAUUAAUAUAUAAGCGAGGUAGGUGAUAUAAACACGUUACUGCGAUUUGUUUGCCCAAAUUUUGGAAUUUGUUUUUUUAGGGCUCAUAAGGUCUUGAAUGAUGAUCUGGAUCUUCUUUUCUUCCUCUUCAAUUUCGAAGCUCAAUUUUUACUUUUUAGGUCAGAGUUUUUAGGGCUUCUUGCUGCGUAAUUAGUCUUUUUCUUAGGGUUGAUGAUGGCGACGAAGGAGUCUGAAACAACGGUCUUUUGGGAUAUGAUCACUUGUCCCGUUACCUCGUCAUCUGAUGCUAGUCGGGUUGGCCAGUGUAUAAAACUAGCGUUGAAGAAUUUAGGCUACUCUGGAUGUAUCACCAUCACAGCACUUGGCAUACUAACAAGCAUCGAUACCGACGUCCUGCGAGCCAUCUAUUCCUCUGGAGUCUCUCUUAUUCACAUCAAUACCCAUCACUUUGGCUUUGCUAUGGAACUGUUGUCGUGGGAAAGCUUUCUUGCAAGCGUACGGGCAGAAGCAAUUGAGUCAGUGGUACAUGACAAGGAGCCGGGUUGGUUUUGCGCACGUUGUUGUCGUGGCGGCGACCAAGGCUUCGAAAAUUUCGCCUCACAUCUCAAAGGUCAUCCUCACGUUUCCCCUGAAUCUCCUUUGGAGAUAAAACGAACAACCAGAGGCAUGUUUUAA